AGGGGGGGCAGAUCCCUUUCGCGCUGCAAGAUCUUGAGGAGGCUUUGGAGAUCUGGUCAGCUUUCAAGAACAUCUGAAUCCUCUUAGAGUUCCCUGGCCCAGCUGUGAGUGUGCAUGUGAGACAGAGAGCGAGAGAGGGAGAGGGAGAGAGGCAGGCUCCUGGUGCCCCUCCAAGCGCAUUAAAGACACUCGGGCCUUUUAAUUUUAGGAAUGAAUGCUGAUACUUGUGUUUCUUAUUGUGAUCCGGCUGCCAUGGAUUCCUACUACAACGCAGCCUCCCAGAGCACAGAGGGCUCCUCGCCUUUUAGGGCAUUUCAAGCAAGUGACAAGUUCAGCCCUACUUUCCUGGCCAGCAAAGGACAAGGCUUUGGUGACAACAGCAGUAAGUGCCGGAGCCGCUAUAGCCAGCAGGAAUGCCAGUCCCUGGAUGGCAGCGGGCAGGCUCCCAGCUCUGCUGGGGCACAAGGCUCCUUUAACAAAUACCAGCAGCCGCAGCAUCUGUACAUGCAGCGAGGCCCCUGCAAAACUCCCCCGGAGAGCAACCUCAAGCUGCAGGAGACCAGCAGCCACAACGGAGCCCUGCAGGUCUCCUGCUACGGGAAAGAGAGCUCCUUGGGAGAGGCUGAGUUACAGCCAAGCUCUGACCCUGCGGGAAUGGACGGCAGCUACCUCAGUGUGAAGGAGGCCGGGGUGAAGGUGCCCCAGGACAGGGCCAGCACUGACCUCCCCAGCCCCAUGGACAAGGCUGACUCGGAGAGCAACAAGGGCAAGAAGCGGCGGAACCGCACCACCUUCACCAGCUACCAGCUGGAGGAGCUGGAGAAAGUCUUCCAGAAGACCCACUACCCAGACGUCUAUGCCAGGGAGCAGCUAGCCAUGAGGACCGAUCUCACUGAGGCCCGAGUACAGGUUUGGUUUCAGAACCGACGGGCAAAAUGGAGGAAGCGAGAGCGCUUUGGUCAGAUGCAGCAGGUUCGCACCCACUUCUCAACGGCCUAUGAGCUGCCCCUCCUAACCAGAGCAGAGAACUACGCCCAGAUCCAGAACCCAUCCUGGAUUGGCAACAAUGGCACCGCCUCCCCCGUGCCCGCCUGCGUGGUCCCCUGUGACACAGUACCUUCCUGCAUGUCCCCCCACGGACACCCCCAUGCAGCUGGUGGUGUCUCCGAGUUCCUGAGUGUCUCCGGCCCUGGCAGCCACGUGGGACAGACUCACAUGGGCAGCCUCUUUGGCACCGCUGGGAUCAGCCCGGGCAUCAAUGGCUACGAGCUGGGCGGCGAGCCUGACCGCAAAACCUCCAGCAUUGCGGCCCUGAGGAUGAAGGCAAAGGAGCACAGUGCUGCCAUCUCCUGGGCGACAUGACAGGGCUGCAGCCAACGCCCUCAAGACACUGACAGAGCAAACGGGGACAGCCAAAAAAACCCACCAUCCGCUUGGACUCAAGCCAGCCAUUGCCUCCUUGGGGAGCCGAAGGCAGCACUUUUAGCUACAGCGAACACGUACCUUACCGUAAGUGGAGUGUUUCAAACGUACACACAGGGAGCUCCCAGCUUCCUGUGCUCAAGCAGGAUAAGAGGAAGUGGCGGAAUCGCUCCUAUCCCAGCUAGACUUGUGUUUUCUUCUAACAGGUGGCGUUUCCCUUUCACUGUCAUGCUUGCGUUUGCCAAUGACCAGGGCAUUUUUCUCCCCGUGCCAGAGCGGACUUUCCAAUCAACCGCCCAUCAUUUUCAGUUGAUUUCCCCCUCCCUCCACCCAUGUGUUGAAGUGUUGUUUCUAAUCCAUUUUAUUCUGUCCCAUACAGGCAACAAGUGUGGGGGGUGAUGCCUGGCACCAGCAAGGAGGCACCUCCUGGUGGCGGGGGAGGGGGCCGCAGGGCCAUCACUCUUGGCCUCCUAGCAGGAGUCACAACUAGCGAUUUGAGUUUGCAAUAGAGCUGGGGGGAGAAUCUUGGUCCAAAAGAAAGAGAAAUUACCCUCAUUGACUCCUGCCCUGGUUCCUCUCCGUGUUGCACAAGCUUAGCUGAAGCAAGGACUUGCAGAGAUGCUAAGGGAGGAUGAGGAAAGGGAUGGUAUGUCUUUCCCUACAGAGCUAAGUACCACCAUUGCUGGAAAAGCUUGAAGUUACAGGCUAAGACAAUCAGCUACACCCUACUUCACUCACCUCCAUUCAGGCUCACUAAGGGAGAUAGCAGCUUCUCUGCCUUUUAGGUGCUCAGAGGGGGAAUAGCACCCAAUAAGCUAAGGUUCCUUCGCCCCGUCUAGGAAAUAGCUGGCAUUAGUUGGUUUGUAAGCACAGGUCCACAGCAGGGAGGGAAUGGCAGGCCUUUAAUCUUCCAUCUCUUUUAAGAGGUGUUUACUGGGUCAGCAGUUACUGGCAUCUACCUACAGCUAGCAACUGUAUAAGUGCAGCUGCUAUGUGGGCCCUGCCCAGCAUGGGUCUGUUGCUUUUCAUAGCAGAAGGGAGGUUCCCUUGAAUUACAACUCAAGCGCUAGCAUGCGACCCUGCUUGUUGGCUUUCAUGUGUGAUGGAAUCCCCCACGCACAUGCAGCCGCUGUCCUGACGUCCGUAUGUACGGAAUGAUCCCUUGUCACUUCACUACCAUCCUCUACGGAACAGCAUGCAGUUGCGGGGCAGCGGCCUCCAGUGUGCAUCCUCUGAAACGCUGGUCAGCAGGGUGCAGAUGGGCAGAACCUCCCUGGGCUCUCUGUGUCCUUUGAGUCAAUGGCACUUCUUGAUUUCUCUCUGUGGUUCCUAUUUGUUUCCUGUUACCUGGGGCUGCAUUAACUAUUCAAAGUUAAACUGUAAACUGUUGGACGAGUUUUCCCCUGCAAGGCCAAGUUCUUCCCAACCUUUCCAUGGAGUCUGUGGUGCCAGGGAUAGUCUCAGAAGCUCCCAUUGCACCAUUGCUUAAAGCCAUGGAUACUUGAAGCAGCACUAGAAACAGCAUGGGGUAAUUCUGGCAGUGAAUGUAACACAUGCACAUGCCUCAAGAGAUGAUGUUAAACAGCGUUGGCUAGGGGCAGCUGGCUUUGGCACCUUGGCUCAUGAGAAAGAGAAGCUGCAUCAUAGCUUCAUCUCUCUCUUUGUCACAAGAGCUAUGGCGGACCUGGCUAUCCCAUGUGACAUGGAGGCUCAUUUCAUUCCACGCGCAAGUCCAGUAACUUUCGGAGCAUUAAAUCAGGAUGAACUUGGCCCAGCAUGUUAGGGGCAACAGGGAGCGUUGUUGUAGCCAUGUCGGUCCCAGGCUAUUGGUUGUUGCGUUGGUUGUUGUUUUCAUUUCCUCCGCCCAUUGCUACUUGGUUUUACAACGUGGGUGAGGUUCUUUCAUUGGACCAACUUCUGUUGGGGGGAGAGACAAGUCUCUCUCCCCAACAGAAGUUGGUCCAGUGAAAGACACUGCCAUAACUCCUUGUCUCUGGGUGCUAGGAAGUCAGUUCAUUUGGGAGUAUUAAGGGUUCUUUUCAGAGUCUUGUUUCAUAAUGGUUGGAUUGUCUCCAAAGAAACUACUUCCAAAAUUCAGGUUUCUGGCUAUGUGUAUAUAUUAUUAUUUAUGUACUGCCUAGCACACUGCUGUGCCCUAUAUAAAUAAUACACCUAUAUUAGAUCUAACAUUCACAUGUAUUUAUUAGACUAAGUGAAACUAAUACUUCUGUCUCUUUUUUCCUCAAAAGUCUUUGGGGUCAGUAGAAUUCUAAGUGAAGCUUUCCCCCACACUCCGUGAGGGAGGUAUCAUGCAUGUAUCCAGAAGUCCAUGUGUAAUAAUGAGUCUAUGUCAGCCAAGGAUGAACAGGAGUUGUGCCUCAGGGUGGAAGAUUAGCUUAAUGAUCAGCCAGCAGUUCUCAAACUUCAUUGCAACCCCCUUCUGACAACAAAAAUUACUACACAACCCCAGGAGUGGGAACUGAAGCCUGAGCCUGCCUGAGCCCCACCACCGCGGGGGCCGCCAAAGCCUAAGGGCUUCAGCCUUGGGUGGGGGGCAAGUCUAAUGCAGUCCUGGUGACCCCAUUAGAACAGGGUCACAACCCACUUUGAGGUCUCGCCCCAGUUUGAGAACUGCUGGAUUAGGUACAUGGUCCCUGCGUGCGUUUUCAACUUGCUGAAACAAGGCUGCCUACCACAUCAGACAGAGUCACAGGGGAGAACUUAAGCCCUUCUUGAAAGUUUCUCCAGUUUUCAUGUAUGUUUUAAAGAGAUAACGCCGAGGUUAAAAAACAAACAAACACAUUUUAACUCCCUCUUCCACAAAAAAACAAUACAACACCCCCACACACACACACCUAGUGUCAGUAAAAGCUCCUUUCUCUAAUAAAAAUGGAAAGGAUUUUUAACCUCUAAAGGUCCGGAGCGUGGAGUAGAAUCCAGGUAGAUGGUUCCAAGGGCUUGUGCAGAGCCACAGGCUCCCGUGGAAGGACUGGGGCCCAAAUUGACUUUUCCCCACUGUUGCAGCUCAUUUAGUUUUCGCCCCUCACUCUGCAUCAUCAACAUUGCUGGUCUGGUCACUUUCACCCUCUGUUUCUCCUGCCCUAGAGCCGGCUUGCGUUGGUUGUUGUUUUCAUUUCCUCCGCCCAUUGCUACUUGGUUUUACAAAAAACCUUUUAAAAUAACCUUAUUUAAGCAGAAAUCUAACAGCCAAGCCCCCAGUGUGAUGCUGGGGCAGAUCUAGCGGCCACUCCAAACCCCCUCAGCCAGACUGAGCAGCCCUCUGUGAUUUGAAAAGUGCUUCUGCCACCCACUGCCCUGUAGAGAAGAGAAGAGACAGGACCCAGCUGGGAUGACUAUAAAGAGGAUCCCUUACUGAGUCUGUUGGACAAAGACAGACCCGGUGGUUCACUCUGGCUCCCUAGCUCCCAGCUACUUAAUGUCACCAACAGGCUCACUAAAUCCAGGCGGCCUGAACUAAGCAGCUGUUGGGGGGACUGUUGACUACACUAUCCUCCCCAGACCAGCUGGGGCUCCGCAGAGCCCCGGCCUUGGAAAAGGAGCAGUGUUCUCCUACAUGCCCCUGAUCUCACGCAGUUUGCUAAAGAGAUGCUAGAUUUGGGGGGACAACAAACCUAGCCUAUAAAUUUCAGCUGGAAUUUGAUGUGGGGGGGGCAUGGGGGUGAAGGGAACAUGGUACAGUUCUUUUCCUCCCCCAUUAGCCCAACAUGUGCCCUUCCCCUCACCCCCCUCCCCUGAAAUGGACUCACAUCUGUCACUGAAAGCGAGGUGGUCCUGGGCUAAGUAAGGACAGUUCCCAGGACAUGUCUGCCUUAGCCGAUGAUUUACCGCUGAAGGCUGCCGAGUGCAACAAACAUGCUCCCUCCUUAUAUGUCAGGCAGAAGCUGCCUCUCAUAGGGGAACUACAAACAGCCCCAGCGGGAGGCAACGCCCGUGCACUACACGCAGAGUGGGGACACGUGAAGCGAGCUGCUCUUAGCUACAUUUCUAGUGAGAGACAAA